UUGUCACUUGAGAAAUGAAGAUAGGACGGGCUUCGUUUUCUCUAUUGAGGUCAAGCAGCUGCACAAAGUGCCUAAUAGCUCAUUAUUGGCUCAGCUGCCUGUCUGCCUCGAGCACAGUUUCAGAAUGUGGCCACUGGAGGCUCCCAGCAGUUUAUGCGUCACUUCAUUCCGAACGCCGAUGAUGGCGGAGCUCGAGAUAGUGCAGCCUGAACCGGAGGCGCCCGAAGUUCUCAAUGGGGACGCCGACGAAAACGAAGCGAAAGAGGACGCGGAGCCCUCGGAAACAGGGAAGAAAAAGAGAAGAAAAAAGAAGAAGAAGAAGACCGCUGUCCCAGCAGGGACAAAUGAGUCUGAGGGGGAUGGAGAUACGGGAGGAGGUGUUGGUGAUGUGACGAAACAGUUGGAGCAGCAAGCCCUGCCCGAGGACAUAGAUAAGGAGGAUGAUGGAGAGGAGGAUGGAGAAGAGGGUGAAAACUCCGCAGGGAGGAAGAAGAAGAAGAAGAAGAAGAAUAAUAAGAAGGGAGUGAAGGGGCAGACUGACCCUCCCACUGUCCCUAUUUGUGAGCUGUAUCCCAGUGCUGUCUUCCCAAAGGGAGAGGAGUGUGAAUAUCCUCCAUCUAAAGACGGGCGCAGUGCAGCGUGGCGGACCACCCAUGAGGAGAAGAGGGUCCUUGACAAGGCCAACGAGGAGAUGUGGAGCGACUUCCGUCAGGCCGCCGAGGCCCACAGACAGGUCCGAAACUACAUCAACACCUGGAUCAAACCUGGGAUGACCAUGAUCGACAUCUGUGAACGACUGGAGGACUGCAGUAGGAGGCUGAUCAAAGAGAACGGUCUGAAGGCUGGCCUGGCAUUCCCCACAGGCUGCUCAAUCAACCAUGUUGCUGCCCACUACACUCCUAAUGCUGGUGACCCCACAGUCCUGCAGUACAACGACGUCUGCAAGAUAGACUUCGGCACGCACAUCAACGGUCAGUCGAAUGUUGACUGUGCCUUCACCGUGACCUUCAACCCCAAAGUAGACCAUCUUAUCCAGACCAUAGCUUGUGUAACUGUCAACUGUUUUCUGUGCCAGUGUGCGGGGAUAGAUGUGCGUCUGUGUGACGUGGGUGAAACCAUCCAGGAGGUCAUGGAGUCUUAUGAGGUGGAGAUAGAUGGGAAAACAUACCAAGUAAAGCCAAUCAGGAACCUCAAUGGCCACUCCAUCGGCCAGUACAGGAUACAUGCAGGCAAGACUGUCCCCAUCGUCAAGGGAGGAGAAGCUACCAGAAUGGAGGAAGGUGAGGUGUACGCAAUCGAGACGUUUGGCAGCACUGGGAGGGGAGCUGUUCACGGUGACAUGGACUGCUCGCAUUACAUGAAAAACUUCAACGUUGGACACGUGCCAAUAAGGCUCCCCAGAGCUAAGCAUCUGCUCAAUGUGAUCAACGACAACUUCGGGACGUUGGCGUUUUGCCGCCGCUGGUUGGACCGGCAGGGAGAGAGCAAGUACCUGAUGGCCCUGAAGAACCUGUGUGACCUGGGCAUCAUAGACCCGUACCCUCCUCUCUGUGACACCAAGGGCUCCUACACUGCCCAAUACGAACACACCAUCCUUCUCAGGCCCACCUGUAAGGAAGUGGUGAGCAGGGGUGAUGACUACUGAGUACGUUCCCGUGGGCCAGCUGUCCUCGAACCAGGAAGAACAGGAAGACAAAGAAUGAGAGAAGAUACAGUAUAUCACAAAAGUGAGUACAGUACACCCCUCACAUUUUUGUCAAUAUUUGAGGUUAUCAUUUCAUGUGACAACACUGAAGAAAUGAUACUUUGCUACAAUGUAAAGUAGUGAG